AUGAAGCUUCCGUUUCGUCUACGGCUUGGGUCUCGUGGUGGUGGUACAGGUAUCAUCUCAGGACGUAUACUUGCAACACUAGUGAAGAACCUCUCAGAGGUUGCCAAUUUUGGGCCUACCAAAUGUGCAGCCGACAUAGCCCUCUCCAUGCUUGAUACAGCUCAGGAGAUCCGAGAAAACAAAGUUGCCUGCCUGCUCCUUGUCUCUCGAGCUGUAGAUUUCCUACUACAGCUGCGUGAUCUGUCAGAGAGUCACCCAAGUGUCUCUCUUGAUUCACUGCAGUUGAAAAUGCAGGAGCUGGAAAUGGAACUUGAUGGAGUGCAUUCUAAAAUGAAACAUUUGUUGGGAAGGACAUUUAUGCAACGUAUACACAGAAAGGAAGAAACAGAGUAUGCCAUUUCUGCAUGUGAAUAUCGACUCGAGACUGCAUUCAAUUCGUUUCAGGUGAACAAUUUAAUAAUAUGA